AUGAAACUAACCAAGACAAACCCCAUCUUGUUCUUCACACUGAUUCUGGUAUUUCACACUAUAGCUGUACAAGCAGAAGAUUCUCAUGAAGAUGAAGUGAGGAUCCUGAUUGUGGGAAUCAGAGGUCAGUCCAGAUUCAGUGCUGCAGAUCUUCUGUCAGGAAGGAAAGACGGUGGGCAGGAGGACAGAGAGAUUGUAAAGACUCCAGUAAUCACAGACGAGGCUCGUAGAAUGAUGCUGGUCACUGGACCAAACCUCUGUGAGGAGGACACAGCGAGACAGACCUUCACAACAGCGCUGUUUCUCUCGUCUCCUGGACCUCACGCCGUUUUAAUGUUCCUGAAUCUGGAAGAUCAACAAUCACAACAGUGUGAUAUUGUGAAACGAGCCCAGGAGCUGCUGGGAGCAGAAGUCCUGCAGUACUGCAUUGUUCUUCUGCUCCAAAAUCAGCAGGAACGUUUCACAGGAGCGUCCAGAGGGAUUGCUGGAGAAAUGAUCAACGCAUGUGGAAGACGAUUUCACGUCAUAAGAGACUCUGAAGCAAAACCUGCUCAAAGAGCAGCUCUCGUAGCAGAAAUAGACAAGUUAGUUUGGCUCAAUGAUCACAGAUUUCACUCAGUAUUGAGACAAGAAUUAGAAACAGAAAAGCUGGAACUUUUACAAAGACUACUAGAAAUAGACAACAAACUUUAA